AUGUUGGAUCAGGAAGUAGGCAGAGUCGUUGCAGAAAUACCGAGCCGAGCUCAACGUUAGCGGCCGCUUCCUCGCAGUCGGCCUUUUCUUCCCCAGUUUUCAUCUUUAAUAUUUUCGUUACAUGCGGCGCGCUUCUCUCGUUGAUCGAAGUAGGCGCUUGUCUCCGGAUUCCGUCGUCCCGCAACUCCAGCUAUGACUUCUCUCACGCAGAGAACCUCGGGCCUUGUCCAGCGGAGGACCGAGGCCAUUCGCAGCGCCGCCGCCGAGAAAGACAAGGACUCCGGCGGCGAGGAAGACGAGGCGCGCCGCGGGGAAGAGGAGGAGGAAGACGACAAGGGGGACUCGAAGGAGACCCGGCUCACGCUCAUGGAAGAGGUGUUGCUUCUGGGCCUCAAGGAUCGAGAGGGCUACACGUCUUUCUGGAAUGACUGUAUUUCUUCCGGUCUUCGCGGCUGUAUGCUGGUAGAGCUGGCCCUCAAAGGAAGGAUACAGCUGGAGGCCUGCGGUGUGAGAAGGAAAAGCCUGCUUGGAAGGAAGGUUAUCUGCAAGUCUGAUGCUCCAACAGGGGAUGUGCUGCUGGAUGAGGCCUUGAAGCAUAUUAAGGAAACUCAACCUCCAGAGACUGUCCAGAGCUGGAUAGAGCUGCUGAGUGGAGAGACCUGGAAUCCCUUAAAGCUGCACUACCAGCUGAGAAAUGUCAGGGAGCGUCUGGCAAAAAACCUUGUGGAGAAAGGCGUCCUCACCACAGAGAAGCAGAACUUCUUGCUGUUUGACAUGACUACACAUCCACUCACCAACAGUACAAUUAAGCAGCGCCUUGUCAAGAAGGUCCAGGACUCCGUUUUGGAGAAGUGGGUCAACGAUCCCCAUCGCAUGGACAAGCGGGUCCUGGCCCUCAUCCUCCUGGCUCACUCGUCAGACGUUCUCGAGAACGCCUUCGCCCCGCUGCAAGACGACCAGUACGACGUGGCCAUGAAGAGAGUCCACACUCUGAUUGAGCUGGAGCCUGAGAAGGAGAGUACAAAGCCCAACGCCAACGAACUGAUGUGGGCUGUGGUGGCUGCAUUUACAAAAUGAGAAGGAAAAUACCCCCAAAAAAACACCUGGUUGGUUGGACUGAAAGAUCUGGCUAUGGUCUGUGUUAUUUAAUUGGUUGAAGGACUUAAUGAGACAGACUUCACUUUAAUGAGACAAUCUAUUUUGGGUUGAGGAGCCUGUUUAUACAUCUAUUCUGGAUGGCAUUUGUGGUGGUAGUCCAUAUUAACAGUACAGUCUGGUUGGUGGUGGGCUUCACCAAGUAACAUUUGAUUGGAUGGGAUGGAAUGAAUGACGACAGGCUGUGAUGACUUGAGAGAGGUAAGGUAUCUGCCACUGCAAGGCUGGAAACAUUUAAAAACAUCAACACUACAAGCGGACGGCUUUCUGUCAAUGUAGGAUCACAUCAAAGAGUGGAUAUGGUGGCGAUUAGUGAAUAUGAAGAUAUCGACUGGAGCCAAGUUUCACUUCGACUGAAAAAAAUAUACAUAAAUACAUGCAUACAGUAUAUAAAUAUAUAUAUCACCUCUGCUUUAUUUUUACAAUUAGGCCCCGUUCUGAAAUCUGUUUCCUUUUUUCUCACAUUCUAAUUCAACGAUAAAUGAUGACCUACAUAGCUAUCGAUGCUCUUUGCACUCAGAGAUCUCCUGCCUCCACCAGCUCAUUCCCAUUGUUGGGAAUGCCUGCUCAAUGGUUACUGUUAAGACAGACUACCUGAAUGUUUGACCCAUUCUCUCUGUCAUCUCUUUCAAAUGGUCUGUCCUCCCUCCUUCCUCAUCACAUUUGUAUUUUUUUUUUUUUUUUUUUUUUGAGGAAGUAAGAGAGGAUAAACGCCCCGAGUUCGGUUCCUGUACCAGUUUAAAAAAAAGCGAGGUGGAUAAUUUGACCCUUAGAGACACAAAUGCAGAAUUACAUUUUGAAGAAAGAAAAUUAGUUUGCUGCUUUUGCCGAGGGCCUGUUCUGUGUUUUAUAUAAUGUGGCUAGUCUUCCAUUGCUAUUUAUGUUGCUAGUUGAUGACUUGGAGUAGCUUUCCAUUUCUCACAAUCUUGCCCAGUCAUUCCCCUUGUGGUUUGAGUAACAUUUAGUGUUUAUUGGGCAAUGUAAUUUGCUCAUGUUUGAAAAUGAUGGAACCUACAACCUGAUAAGCGAUGGCAAAUUUCCUUUAAUUUUGUCUACAGCUACAGAGCUCUGUGAACACUUUAAAAUCAUUCCUUUGGGCAAGUUAAAAAGGCUUCUGCUUACAUUUCUAUGUGAACUCAAAUGAAAACAGAUGCAGGCGAAACUCAUCUCUGUCCUGAAUCGCUGAACAUCCAUCCUGAGAGAUUUACUUUGGUAAUUAGGGGUUACUUGCACAAAUGGACUGGGAACGUUAAACCAGAAAGUUUAGUUUCAGUUUGUUAAAUGUUCUUUGUUCGUUUCUGUUUUUGGUUUAUAAAUUUAAAAAGAAUCAGAAUUUCUCACUGUUAUUAGAAGGGUUUCUAGCAAUGCAAAAUCUUAUUGUUACGGAUCUUUAGAGAAACCUGAAGCCGUAUUUCAUGCAUGAGUUUCCAACGUGAUUCAUCCUAGCUUGACUGUUCACUGUUUCCCAUUUACAGAGGAAAUCAUGUCCACGAAAACCCUGCAUGUCUGUGGAAUUUCCACCUGACGUGCGGAAACGUGUAAAUUGGAUAAGCUGACCCUUUAAGUUUCUAUUUGGCAAUUGAUGCUUUUUUUAACUAUAUCAUGUCAUAAAUCAUGAUUAAUUUUGUCCAAAGGGUUAAAAAAAAAUGCAGAAGCCGUUGUGUUGUUGUGUGUACAAUAAGAGUGUUACUUGGGUCCAAAUGGUGAAAACAGUCAGGUGGGACAAAGACUAACUCAAAAACAUGAUUUCAUGCUGGUCAGGUUAACUCCAUUUUCACAAUAAAGUUCUGAGUGGAUUUCU